AUGCCAAUGGAAAGCAGAUCACAGGGGUCUGUUCAACGACCAAUGUCAGCCUUUAACAAAGCUGAUUCAGAUAUAGUUAGUUAUGAAGAUUUAAUAGUUGCUCAAUAUCUUGAUGAUAUGAGGCGAACCCGUCAAGAACAGAAUAAAAUUAAAGAACAUCAAGUUCCUGUAUCGCCAUACUCACAGAAAUUUCAAAAGACAGCAACUUUCCCAAUAUCCAACAAACGAGUUCGCAGACGACCAUUAUCAGCUUCUAUGGUAGGCAGAUCCAAAUUAACUGGUAAACCUAAAAUAGAUCUGAAAUAUAUUGCUGAUCAUUCAUUAUGGGACCCGGCUUCACCACGUUCUGAUAAAGUGGUACCAGUCAAACUAGUCCGACCAGCUAGUGCACCUACUAGACAUAGAAGACCUCAAUCAGCAACCUCUUCAGUUUAUUCUUAUAGUAGGAGAGCACGCCCUCCAUCAGGACGUUGUAAAUCAUUAUAUAGAAAACAACCCAAUAUUAUAAGAGUCAGUGCCUAUAAGAAUGGAUGUAAAGAUUCUGCUGUGAGAGGAGCAGCAAGCAGUAUCAAAAUGCUUUUAGAAUUAUUAACGGACAAGUUAGGUUUACCAUUUGCUGCUAGAAGAAUAUUUUUAGAAGAUGGUAUAGAGGUAUUCGAUGCUUGUGACAUACCACCUUAUUCUGAAGUUUUUAUUUCUAUGGGAGAGCCAUAUAAAGAUCCUGAUGCCCCAGCCAAAACAAAUAUUUUCCUAGGAAAUUUGAUUCAAAGAAAUGGAGCUACAUGGACAUUGACUGGUGUAAAUUUACCACAAGAGGGAAAGAAGAAAACAACUAAAGUUAAGAUUUCUAAACGUAUGAGAUCAUUGAUAGACAAGAAGAAAGUAAGAAUAUUGGUGUUUAAAAAUGGUAAUGGACAUGAACCAGCAGAAGUUGUAGCAGAUUUAUCUGAUAAAGAAAAUUUUCUAGAAGGUUGUACAGGAAGAUUAAAUCUAACUACCCAUGCUAGAUUAUUAUAUGAUUGGGAUGGUAAUGAAAUAACAGAUUUAAAUGAAACGCCGAUGAUGGAUGAUUGUUUACAGACUGGUGGAACUCCUGUAUUAGGACCACUCUGGGUAUCAGUCGGUGAUGGUUUUAGUCCGUCUGGUGCAAGAGAUUUUCUAACACAGUUACUAUCAAUUAUUAAACGGAAAUUAAAACAGGCCAAACUUUAUAAAUCUGAGGUUGAAGCAUCUUUAAAUGAUGAAAAUGUUCAAGAUAAAACUAUUAAAUCUAUGAGUCCAGAAGAAUUAUAUGAGGCACAGUCUAAGGCUGAGAGUGAUGUUGAUCAAUAUAAAGAUGUCUAUAGUAAAGUUAAAGGAAGAUUAGAAAGUCUAGAAGAACAACAUCAACAAGAGGAGGCUUAUGGAGCUAAAUAUAGAAUGAAUCAUAUACAAGAAAUCCCAUGUGAUAGCCGUAUAGUAGGGCCUAAAGGUUUACGUUUAAAGGUUUAUGAGAAUGGUUUAAAUGAAGGUGAUCAUGUAUUUUUCUUUAAUUUACGUGAAGGCAUGAAAGGAAUACAUUCUCAAAACAACCUCCUCUUAAAAAGGCUUUUGGAUGAAUUAUCAGCAUGCCAUUGGACACAACAUACACAAGCACCAAAACUUAAUGCUGUAGCCCAGAAAGUAUUUGAUAAAUUUGGACAUGAAAUAACUAAUGUACAUAAACUUGAAUAUGAUAAUGAAAUCUGGUUAUCAUUUGGUGAAGCUUUUAUAACACCUUUCACUUAUUGUAUAUCAGCAAGUUUUGAUAAAGCUAAGAGAAUAGAUCGAGAAGGUGUAGAUUAUGUUAUAAGAGAACCUGUUACUGCUGAAGAAUCUUCAGGCGUUGAAUCACACAGUCAGUGGGAAUCAACAAUAGGAUUUCCUAUGUUAUAUGAACCUAAAAUGGAUUCUCUUUACCCUGAUCCAGAGAGAGAUAGAUAUCUUAUAGAAAAUGCUCUCUUAGAUGGUAGAGCUCAUUAUUUAAUACAUAAAGAAAAAAGAGAUAAAGUUUUAUAUCCUGAAGUUACUGCGGAUGAGAAAAUAAAAAGAACCUAUAAUAACAGUCAGAUAUGGUUAAUAUCUAAGGCUGGUUAUAUAUAUAGUAAAUCUAUGCCUCAACUAUGUCUAAGUGUAUCUGAUAUUAAAAUAGAGGGUAAAAUAUUUAAUAAAGAAAUACCUAUAGAAGGUUCAGUUGUAACAUUACAGAAACGACAAGUACAAAAUCCUGACCAAAUAUGGACAUUUAAUAAUGACGGUACUGUUUCACCACAGUCAAAAACUGGUAUGAAUCUAACCUAUAUUGGUAGUAAGAAUGGUGAUGAUGAAUCCUAUGAGAAUAAUAAACCAACCGGUACUGUUUCUGGUCAAAGAGUUUGUUUAGUAGUUACUGAACCUUUACCUAAAAAAGAUGCAGUAAGUCAAAGGUUUGCUCUAAAACAAGAGAAAUUUGAGAAUCUUGGUCAAUGGAAGUUUACAGAGGCUAGUAAUCCUGAAUUUAAUAAAUUAGCUUAUUCUUGGCCAGUAAAAGAAAAUGGAGAAUUAAAUGAAAAAUAUGAUUGGCCAAUGGAAGGAUAUCUAAUACCAAAUGCUCCUCCAAUCAGAAAAACCGGACCAAAAGGAUAUUCUCCAUUGAAAUUAAUAGCAUUAAAGAAUGGUGAAAGAGAUAAAAGUAUAGCUAUACCAAUUGUAGCUCCUAAUAUGUCCAUGAUGAAAGAACAUAAGAAGAAUAGUAAUAGUGAAAGUGAUAUUGAUUUUCAACUACAUUGUUCAGAUUUAACAUUACAAGAACUAGAGUUUACUAGAUUUUUAGAUUCCUGUACAUCCAUAUUAAAUCUGCCAUUUGCUGGUCGAAGAAUGUUUGAUGAACAUGGUGAAGAACAUUUCUCACUACGUACUAUAGAACGAGAUCAAUUAGUUUAUAUUUCUUGUGGUGAAAACUGGACUGAUCCUAAAUUAACUAAAGAAGAACAACAAAAAAGAUCAGUUUUAUCUCAGCUAACUCAUGAUGUGGCUAAAAUUGAAAGAUUUUGUGCUUUACGCAAUCCAGAAAAGUUUGUACUGGAAGUUGAUGGUAGCCUGGUUCCGAAUUCCAAGAUUAUUAUAAAUAAAGAAUAUGUCAAAUCUGAUGAUCUGCGUCUGUCACUUAAUCAAUCACAGGAAGUGACAUCAGAAACAUUAAAUCAACAACAAGCAGAAACAGAGGAGACAGAGUUAGAGGAAGAUCUUACUAAUUUGACAGCUAGAGAAAGAGCAAGAAUCAAGUCAGAUAAGAGACUAAAUGCACUAAAAUGGCCGUGGGAGAGAUUAGUUAAUGUAACUGAAAGUUAUGAUUAUGAAGAUCCUGAAGCUAAGAAAUAUACUGAUAAAGAAAUGUAUGAAAAAUAUAAGCCAAAACCAUCCCCAAGACAUCCAAGAGAUAUUUUGCAGACAUUUUCCUAUGAGGACGGUUAUAUUGCAUCAACGACCAAUAGAAAUUUAGUGUUAGGUGUCAAUGAACUAGAGGGGCAUGUCAGUGAAGUUUUAUUGGUUAAGAGAAUGCCUGAUGACAUCAAUCAAAAAUGGAUCAUGACACAACAUGGUGAAAUUCGAUCCAAAUUGAAUCAGCAACUGGUAUUGACAGUGUCAAUGCCUAACUUAGAAAAUACAAAAGAUGAACAUCCCAUGACAUUUGUUGGUUGCCCGGUAACCCUACAGACUAGACGCACUAAUCAGUUUGGUAAAGCACAUCAACGUUGGUAUUAUGAUGCUGAAUCUGGUUUAAUCAGAGCUUUUUAUACUGAAUUACCGGAUAAAGAAAUAACAGCUGCUAACCAGGCUGAUGUCUGUACGCAUGCUAUAGCUCAAUCAGUUCAGAUAGAUCAACCAGGUUAUUCUGUAGAAAUUCCAUUGAGAAGUAAUAAUAACAACCAAUCUAAUACAAUGGAGAUUAAAGUAUGUAUAUCAUGUGCUAGAGCUAUGAGAGGAAGAUAUAAGAUCACCAAGUUAAAACCUAAUACACCAUUCUCUUGUGCCAUGGGAACAGCAAAAAAAUUACGAUUAAAACAGAUUGGUAGUCUACGAUUAUUGAAUGGUAAAGUUGAUUUAUCAACUCACGAAGCAGAGAUAACUCUUAGUAAAUGGCAAGAAAACCUUGCUGAGCUGCGAGAAGAAACAAACGCCUCAACAAUAGCCAAACAUAUCAGUGGUGUUAAAAACAUUAAGAACUGUAAGAUCUUGGCAUAUAAAAAUGGUGAAGGUAGACUACGACCUGGUGAAAUUAUCUGUGGUUCGAGUAUUCAAGGGUUAUUAAACCAGUGUAUGACAAGAUUAAAGUUAAGCAAUGCUGCCAGAAGAUUGUAUACAGAAGAUGGUCAAGUCAUGUUGGAUAUUGAUGAUCUGAUAGAAUAUGCUGUGGAGAAUUAUAAGAAUUCAGUGGUAGAUAGGUUAGAGAAGAUGUUGUCUGAUAAUGGAGAACCUAAAGAAGCAGAGCCAGAAUCUCGAAGUAACAUGAAUAUGAUUCAAGAUAGAAACCCAAUUGAGAUGAAUUCUCAACUACAACGUGCUAUGGAUCAUAUUGAACAGGAUGAAGAAGAUGAAAGAGGAGGAAGUUCUGAACGUGGUGGAGAUGGUACAGAACAUCAAGAAAACAAUAUGGCCAACAAUAGACAGGAAGUAGCAGACACACAUAAUUUGACAGAUGCAGAAAAUUUGGCUGAGAGACGAGAAGUUGAUUCUAAAGAAGCUGAGAAGAUUGCCAAAAGAAGAAAUGAGUUACUGAAUACCAUCAAGUUACCGACAUUAGAUUGUAUUUUACGCUAUCCUAUAGAAAUAUGGGUGUCCAGUGGAAAAUCCUUUGUUCCUCCUGAAGUUGUGGAAUCUAAGGAAACCAACAGAAAGAAGAGAAGAGCAUUCAGAGCCCAAGUUUCUCUAGAAUUAGAUAUAGAAAAACAUGUUCUAAGACAGAUGAAAGGCAGAAGACUAGAGAGUCAGAAACCAGGAGAAUAUAAAACAACAUUAGAUAGUAAGAAACCUGUUGUUAAAGAAGGUAACUGGGAACAACCAACAGUAGAAGAAGCUAUAAAACAUAAGAAUGUAUCUAAAUUAGAGAGUCAUCUAAAUGAAAUACGUAAUAAUCAGAAGACUGGUAGUAAUGCAACAUUAAAUGUAAGAACAACAAGAAAACUAUAUCAUCCUCCAUCAACUAUUCGUGUUAUGGUAUAUCCUAAUGGUGAAAGUUCAGAAAGAGCUGUUUAUAUCAAUGCUGAAAACCUAGAACAGAUCUUAGAAAAUGCUACCUUGAAACUUAAUUUGUGGAAGAAAGCUAAACUUAUCUUCAAUGAAGAAGGAAAACAGAUUAAAGAUUUUAGUGAUAUCAGUAGAGAUGAGUUAUUGUGUAUUUCAACUGGUAAUAAUUAUAAACCACCUAAAACAUUAACACAAGAUAUAGAAGUGAAAGCUAAUUGGGGUCGUGCUAGAAAACAAUACGGUCCCCAAGCUACAGAUCUCAGAGUUUAUCCUAAUAAGAAUGAACGAGUUGAUGUCGAUCCAUUUGGUCCACCAGAAUUAGCACUACCAGCAACUAUAGGAGAAGAAUCUGAUGAGAAGCCAAAACGAAAGAAAAAAUUAAAUUAA